AUGAGUAAUAUUAAGAAACAUUUGGGAAAUAACAAUUCGAAGUUUCCAAAACCUUCCAUUGGAACAAGUAAAAGUCAUAUAUUAAAUGAGAUUUUGAAAAUGCAAAAUAGAAAACAUAACAAUAAAGCUACUAUUACGAGAAAAGGGGAAGGGGAGAUUAAAGAGGUCUCCUCUGCUGAUGGAAAAAUAGUUCCCGUUAGAAAUGCAAUUAUUACGGAUCCAAUUCUUGAUGCCUUUCAAGAAGCUGAACCGUUCCAGCAAGCCUUAGGUAAUGCAUCAAAUGGUGGGAAUAAUUGUAGGUCAUUUUUAAACGACGCAAAAAGAUAUAAAUAUAGAGAUGUCUUUGGAAGGAAAAUAAAAGUAAGGGAUAGGUCCAACCCAACGAGAGAGAGAGAUGAAAGACCAUUAGAUACAAUAAAGGGAUUCCAAUAUUCUUUAACUAAGGAUUCUAAUUUGAAAAAAAAUCUAGAAACUUCGACUUUAGGUUUUAAUCCCAGAUGUAGCUCAAAUUAUUAUUAG